AUGAAUAAUACAAAAAUAUUAACGACUUCAAUUGUGUUGGUUUUGUUGCUAGUUUUAUGCAUUCAAAAUGAAAAUGUAAACUCAAAAUUCUUAAAACUAUAUCAUAAGGAGUAAAGUCUAAUUACAGGAAAAAUAAUAUCAUAAUAUGGAUAAGGAAUCUCUACAAAAUUAGAAAUUAAGAUUGAAAAUCAUAAAUAAUCAAUUGAAUCUAAUAAGGAAGGCAUAUUUACAUUUAAUUAUGCAGAAGGAAAGCCAAAUUAAUAAUAAAGUGUUUCUAUUACAAUUACAGAACUUAAUUUAGGUUUUGUAUAUAGUAAUCCAAUUGCAUAGUUAAAUAUAGUACUUAAAGAAAAAGUCUAAUUACCUAAUAUUAUAUUAAAUGAAGGAGGUUAUGGUGCACUAGUAAUCAAGGGAUAAUUUAAUGAGAAAUUGAGUGAUACUCAUGUUUAAUUAAUUUUAGAGGAAGAUAAAUAAAAACUCCAAACUAAUGCAAUAACAACAUCAACAGGAUAAUUUGAAUUUCAUAUAUUUGGAAUCAAAUCAUUACCAAAAAAUGCUUUAUUUUCAAUUUUGGAUAAUAACGAAUUUUAUGAACCAAUUCAAUCUCUUCCAAUUACAUUAGAAGGUUCAGCUUCAAUAAUUUAAUUAAAAUAAAUAGAAUUAUAAUCAUCUAAAUGUAUUAAAAUUUAAUGAGUAUAUAGCUUGUAGAUUAAAAGGAUGUAAAUCUUGUAUACCAAAUAAUCAAAAAUGUCAAGAAUGCAAUUUUGGUUAUAAAUUAGAUAAUAAUCAACUUUGUAAAUUUGGUAAUUUUAAAGGAGUUGGGACUGCUAACUUUUAAUUAUAAAAUUUAGGUCCAAUUAUGAAAAUAGUAGGAACCUUAUUAAAUUAAGAUUUUAAACCUAUUAUAAAUACAUUAAUUUGUAUUAAGAUAGAUUCAAUAUGUUUAGCUACUGGUGGAACUAAUCGUUUUGGUAAUGAUUUGAUAAUAUAAUAGGUGAUUUUGAAAUAGAAAUAAUAACAUUAAAACAAGGGCAAUUAAAAUAUUUAUUUAGUGUAAAUAAUUUCAAAAAAGAGAUAAUUUUAUAUGGAAAUGAAUAUGUAUUGAAUUUAGGAAAGAUUAUUAUUAAUUGA